UAAUAGCAACUGUCAAAGCAAGUAAACAAAUGUUUACGUUUGCAAAACAAUGUUGUUAUAGAAUGUUUCGGUGUUGAAUUUUGUGUUUAUUAUUGCUGUGUUAUAGCUUACACAACAUUCUUACACGCCAACAAAAUGAGUGCUGUUCGCCAGUCUUCAUGUGAAUGGUCAUCUCGACCACGUGACUAUGCAUCAGAAUAUCAAAAACUGCAAAGUAAUUGGGAAGAAGUGACAGAUCACCCUCUCAAACCUUUGGUUGUUACUAUGACUGAGAGUCGUAUAGCCCGUCGGACUCUGGGUGGUAGCACAGCAAGCAGCACAGGAUCUUCAACACCAACGCCUACACAGGAUCCUCUGGGAGUUGCCUUGGAUGGCAGUGAUCCCCUCAGCCAGUUUGCUAAGCAAGAGAUGGAUCCCUUAUCAAAAAUGGCAGCAGACAUGUGGGAAAUUAAACCAUCAGGACAGAAAAAGGCAAAGGAUGCUCCUCAGGAUAAUAUAGAGCCAUGGUCUUCUCGGAAAUCAGCCAUUUUGAGUAAAUUUACUACAUCAGAAAAACUGUCAAUUAUGACAAGCUUUUUAUCUGGUGGAGAGAAAGUUGUUGUAAAAGCACAAAGUUCUGUUGUGGACAAGGUUAAGAACAGGCUUGAACAGCUUGAUGACUUUGAAGAAGGAUCUGUUAGGCAAAUGCUGGAUCUGUCUCAGCAUGAGUAUACUAAUCGCAUAGAGCAGCUCAAUCAAGAACUGGUACAGGCAUGGCACACUGACCAACGUGUAAAGGCACUCAAAAUUGCAAUUCAGUGCUCAAAGUUGUUGGUGGAUACAUCUGUUAUUCAGUUCUAUCCAAGUAAAUUUGUUCUAAUAACAGAUAUUUUAGAUAUAUUUGGGAGAUUAGUAUAUGAAAGACUGCGGACCAAAGCAGAGUAUUAUGUACCUGGUAGUAAAACACCAACAUCUCUUCCAGAAAAAUUUACUCCAGACAUGGUACCAGAAUCUGCUAAGGAAACAUGUAGGAACUGGUUCUACAAAAUUGCAUCAAUCAGAGAACUAGUACCACGGCUUUAUGUUGAAAUGGCUAUUUUAAAGUCAUAUAGCUUCCUAACAUCAAGUGAGUUCUCCCAAGCACUUUUGAGGCUGACGAGAAUGAUCAGAGGCAUCGGUGAUCCACUUGUGGCUGUUUAUGCGAGAUGUUAUUUGUGUCGAGUAGGCAUGGCUGUCUCUCCAUUUUCAGACAGGGAAUAUAUAAAGGAGAAUUUCUAUGACUUUUUGGCAUCAUAUGACCAGGUAUUUUCUGAUGGAGUCAAGGCAGAUCUAAGUCAGCAGAAGGUCGAACUUUCAACGUACCUUACACUCUACACUCCUGCACUUGACUGGAUUCUUCAGGGGGUAGCUGCAAAUGCACCAGAGAGCCUCUUAGUGGAAGUCAUUACACGCUGCAAAGAAAAGCGUAACAGUGCCCUCUUGUUAAAUACAGUAAUGGCUGCUUUUAAACCUGCAUACAUAGCCAGCAGAGCGUCAGAGUUUGUCGAGCUGGUUUCAAACUGCAAUGAGGAAGGUUUUCCACAGUACAUACUCUUCCGAACCCUUGGGUUUUGUCUUGUUCUGGCAGAUCCUCCAGCAGAGGAUAGGUUACAAAUAUUGAAUGAUGUGUGGCGUAUUGUUACAAAACUAGAAGAUCCCACCCAGUACAUCAGCUGUGCAGAAGUCUGGGUUCAGUUUGCUGUCAGACAUUUUUCGUGUAGGGAAGUAAACACAUUCCUUGGAGACAUCAUACGCCAUAUGACACCGGACAGAGCAUAUGAACAACAUUAUUCACAGCUGCAAUCAGUUGUGGACAAAAUCUUGCUACAUACACAAGAUUUUGAGACACUCUUCACAAUGGACAAGUUCCUGCCAUUGCUUGAUAUGUUCCAAAAAGAGAGUGUGAAAGUGGCUGUAUGCAAAAGUAUAAUGGAUUCAUUUGCUACAAAUCAUCAAGAGUCUACCAACGAUCCAGUUAUAACAAAUGCUUUGAUGUUUGUUUGCCGUGUUAUGCAUGACUCUGUGAACGCACUUACAGUGGAAGAUGAGAAAAGGCAAAUAGGAAACUUAAUAUCAAGAUUUGUUAAGAAAGUUGAUUAUGGAAGAGAUUUUGAGCAGCAGUUAAGUUUUUAUGUCGAGGCCAGGUCAGCUUUUACUAAUCUGGAUUCGGUUCACGCACAACUUGUUCAGUGUGUCAACAGACUAUCAGUGGAAACACGGCGAAUUGUAAAAGGUCACCAUACAAGAAAAACAGCAGCAUUUGUAAGGGCAUGUGCUGCAUACUGCUAUAUCACUAUACCAUCAAUAACUUCAGUUUUUUCGAGGUUGGAACUUUAUCUACUCUCCGGUCAAGUUGCACUUCUUAAUCAGUGCUUAGGUCAAGCUGAUGCAUGUUUCAAGGCAGCAUUAAGUCUGAUCCCUGAGUUACCAACCACUAUGGAAGUGGAUGGAAAGCUGAAGAGUUCAGAAGCAUAUCUUGUUUCCUAUUUAUGCCACUUUCUGUCAACAUUAUUGGUAGUGCCAGAUAAUCCAGAGCAAGGGGUUCUUUAUUUGGCGAGAGGUCUGAUGAAUGUUCUACAGCAUUAUACAUGGGAAGCAAACAGCAGUGCACGGUGUACUGUCUACCUGCAUGUACUGGACAUGCUGUCAGCUGCAGCACAAGAGUGUUACCCAUAUCACAUUGAGAAAGUGGUAUCUAAUGACACCCUGUAUGGCUCUGAUCCAAAAUUUAUAGCAGAAAUCAAUAAGACCUGCUCAGCUCUCAUAGAUGAAAUUCUUAAUCACCUGAAAUUUCUUGGUGCCAAUGAGCAGUACAAAAAACAGUCUUCCUUGGCUCUCGAUUUAUUCACAAGAAUUAUUAUUAGAGGAAAUUUAUCAGAGCCCAGCAUCACAGCAUUGGCAUUGAACCUUUGGAAUCUAGCUCACAGGCAUGGUCAAGCAGAUGUUAAAUUGGCAGCCAGAACCAUAGAAUACAUCAAAAGAAAGUCACAGCAAGCUGAAGGAAAUGCCUAUUCUGAGCUCAUGACAAAAUUACCUAUGAAAGUAUAAAAUGUAAAAAGAUCUGCAACCCUUAAAAAACUUUUCUCCCGUCUUCUUGCUUACAAAGACUGCAUGUUAUGGAACUGCUGUGAUAAAUGUAUAAGCUGCCGAAUCAAUGUAUAUUUAAAUAUAAAUGUAUUUCUCAGAAUGUAAUAUUAUUAUUUGUAAUACUGUUAUUUGUUUGGAUAUUAAAACCGGAAAAAAGAUAA